AUGAAGAUCACAAAAGAUAUAGGCACUUUGUUACCUGAUUCAACUCAGUACAAGAAGUUUGUGGGAAAACUCAUGUACUUACAAAUUACAAUACCUGAUAUAUACUUUGUAGUCAACAAGCUUUGUCAGUAUUCUCAUGAUCCUAGAGAUACUCAUUUGCUUGCAGUUCACGAGGUAUUGAGGUAUUUGAAAGGCACAGUGGGUCAGGGAUUCUUUUAUCCGGCUGAUAAUAAGUUUGACUUGCGAGCAUUCUCUGAUGCAAACUGGGGUACUUGUACUGACGAUAGCAGUGAUAAUACAACAGUCUUACAUAUUGCAAAUAACUCGGUUUUCUACGAGAGAAGUAAACUUGUUGAUUUGGACUUCUAA